AGUAACAAAAGAGCGAAACAAGCGUUCCCUCACCACCGCUGCAUUGGCCGCAUCUUGAGGGGACGCGCAGGGCUUUGUGUUUGUGUGUUUAUUGUGGGGUGAAAACACAGAAAGUGCUUCCAAGCCUGUCGACACAGCAUGUGGAGCGUAUGCAGAGAUGGGACGUGCCACCAUGGCUAGCGGCUUGAAAGCCGCCGCACCCUUCGGCAUUAUCGCGGCGCUCGACCGCCGUGCUCGAGACUAGGCCUAAUCAGGACCGUCGGUGCGCUCUUUCGAACCCGCGACCUUCGAGGCCGUCAUGGAGCAGCCGAGCCUCUGACUUCCUGCGACAUGUUUUCGGCCCGGGACGCGGCCGACUCCAAUUUGGAUGUAGACGGCCACGAGAUCGCGUCCAAGUGGAAGGGACUGCUGGUGGCGGCGCUCAAGAAGGUUCAGUGCCAAGUGCAUCCCACGCUGACUGCCACCGACGAGGCCCUGCAAUAUGUCGAGGGCCUGGUCCUGCGGCUGCUGUGGACGCUGUGCGGAGGCCGGCCGCACUCGGUGCAGGACGUGGAAGACCGUGUGCGCCGCCUCUUCCCAAACCCCAUCGAUUUGUGGGCCAUCAAGGAUGCCCAGGCGGCCCUGGAGCGAGGCCGUCGCCGAUCCUCCCUCGUGCUGCCGCUCGACAAGAUACACCCCCUCCUGCACAAGGUUCUGGGCUACCGGCUGGACCUACAGGUGAGCCAGUACAUGGUGGCCGUGCUGGAGUACAUAGCAGCCGACAUCCUCAAGCUGACUGGCAACUACGUCAAGAACAUCCGUCAUGUUGAGAUCACCUGUCAAGACUGUCGGGUCGCCAUGUGUGCCGACAAGGUGCUCAUGGACAUGUUCCACGGUGAAGACCUUGCGGCAGCCGAGGAAGAGUCCCUGGGCAGCCGGCCGCCAUCCUCGUACGACGAGGAGGUGAAGGACCUCAUUGCCGAAGAGAGGCAGCACAUACGUGAACUCAACAUGAUCAUCAAGGUUUUCCGGGAGCCCCUGGACAAGCUCUUCCCUGGGAGCAAGGACCUGGAUGUCAUCUUUGGCAAUGUCAUGGAGGUGUAUGAGUUCAGUGUCUCGCUCCUCGGCUCCUUCGAGGACGUCGUCGAAAUGACAGACGAGAAUCAGAGUCCUGCCAUUGGUUCCUGUUUCUACGAAAUGGCCGAGUACGACGAGUUUGACGUGUACGACGACUACGCGCAAACUGUGGUAGCCCGAAGUUGUCGCGAUACAUUGGCUGAGCUGCUGCUGAAACCAGACGUGGCCAGCUCCUUACAGACCGCUGGACAUGGCUUUCUGCUAGCAGUGAAGUAUGUUCUACCAAGGUUGCUUGUGGGUCCGGUGGCCCACUGCUUUCAGUAUUUUGAAGCCAUCAAGGUGUUGCAGCAGAUGGCACCAACAGAAGAAGACCGAGAAACGUUGGAGCAGGCCGAAGGAUUGCUCCGGAGGCUGAAGGCCCAACUUACACGUACCUGCGCCGACAAGCUGCCGCGUAAAAGGCCUGGAGAGGCAUCCUUGCGCAUGCACAGCCGUGACCGCCGAGCCACAGCACUGCACAAGAUGAAGGAGCUGCAGAAGGCUGUUGACGGUUGGGAAGGCCGAGACAUCGGCCAGUGCUGCAAUGAGUACAUCAUGGAUGGCACUCUUGGCAAAGUGGGCUCGGGCCGCCGUCUGACGGAGCGGCACCUGUUCCUGUUUGACGGGCUGGUGCUGCUCUGCAAGCACAGCAAUAAGCGCUCAAGCGUCACCGGUGGACCGACACCCGAAUACCGUCUCAAGGAGUGCUUCUUCCUGCGCAGGGUGGAGAUCCUCGAUCGAGAGGACACCGAUGAGCUCAAGUUUGCAUUCGAGAUAGCUCCGCGCGAUGCCCCGCACAUCGUGCUCUUUGCCAAGAACGCCGAGGAGAAGAGCACCUGGAUGGCCAGUCUUGUCAUGCUGAACAUGCGCAGCAUGUUGGAGCGAACCCUGGACAGCAUCCUGUCCGAUGAGGAGAAGAAACAUCCACUGCGGCUACCCGAGAACUACAGGUUCUCGCUGGAAGACUCAGAGUCCCAGGUGGUGCUUGAGGAGAAGACGAACGCGGGCGUGCCGCUCAUUAAGGGUGCCACCCUCCUGAAGCUGGUGGAGCGGCUGACGUACCACAUGUACGCCGACCCCAUGUUUGUGCGCACCUUCCUCACCACCUUCCGCUCCUUCUGCCAGCCGCACGAGCUGCUCGAUCUGCUGUCCGAGAGGUUUGAUAUUCCCGAGCCUCAAGCUCCAGCCCUAGCCGAACACGGCGAAGGAGCCGAAGCCGAAGCUGCACGGAACCUGCACCGCGAGUGCCUCAAGCGCUUCCGUAAGGAGUACAGCCAGCCAGUACAGUUUCGGUAA